CCGCCGGGCGCCGGCCCCGCCGCUGCCGAGCGGAGCCGCAGCGCCAUUGCCGCCCGCCAUGGCAGGGGGAAGCCCGCUCCACGCCCUCGGGAGCUGGUCCAGGUCACAGCAGAUCACAAACCAGUGUCCCAUGCAGGGGGAAGAUCUUGUUCAGCUGUAGCUGUUCCUGUCGCUGUCUUUGUACGAGAACCACGUAAGAAAAACAGUGCCAUUGAGGCUGACGAUACUUAAAAAAGCAACCCUGAUGUCCCGUCUGGAUUUCUGAGCACUUCUCUAAUUCCUGGAGGUGCUGCUGUGGACAUAAGGCAUUGUCCUUACUACUUGGCCUGUCAUCCCAGAAGCAUCCGCUUGGGUCCUGUAUGCAAGUCCUUGACAUUCUGGAAACGAUGGGGAUUGGUAAGAAUACCACUUCGAAAUCAGUGGAGGCGGGAGGCUCAACGGAAGGCAAAUACGAGGAUGAAUCUAAACAUCCCACCUUUUUCACCUUGCCUGUGGUAAUAAACGGUGGAGCAACAUCCAGCACUGAUCAGGAUACAGAAGACACAGAGUUGAUGGCCAUCUAUACUACAGAAAAUGGCAUCGCAGAAAAGAGCUCUUUGGCAGAGACGCUGGACAGCAGUGGCAGUUUGGACGCACAGAGAACUGACAUGAUAUACACUAUCGAAGACGUUCCUCCGUGGUAUCUCUGCAUAUUUUUGGGGUUACAGCAUUACCUGACAUGUUUCAGUGGAACUAUAGCAGUGCCCUUUUUGCUCGCUGAUGCCAUGUGUGUUGGAUUUGACCAGUGGGCUACCAGCCAGUUAAUUGGGACCAUUUUCUUCUGCGUGGGCAUCACUACAUUGUUACAAACAACGUUUGGGUGCAGGUUACCCUUGUUUCAAGCGAGUGCUUUUGCAUUCUUAGCACCUGCUCGAGCAAUUCUCUCCCUGGAGAAGUGGAAGUGUAACACUACAGAUGUAACAGUUACAAAUGGAACAACAGAACUGCUUCACACUGAGCACAUCUGGUACCCCAGAAUACGAGAGAUCCAAGGUGCUAUCAUCAUGUCCUCCUUGAUAGAAGUGGUGAUCGGUUUGCUCGGCCUUCCUGGCGCGCUGCUCCGAUACAUUGGACCUUUGACCAUCACACCAACUGUGGCUCUCAUCGGUCUCUCCGGUUUCCAAGCUGCUGGAGAAAGAGCAGGCAAACACUGGGGUAUCGCGAUGUUGACUAUUUUUCUAGUGUUGUUGUUUUCCCAGUAUGCCAGAAAUGUCAAGUUUCCCCUCCCCAUUUACAAGUCCAAGAAAGGAUGGACAGCGUACAGACUGCAGCUCUUCAAGAUGUUCCCUAUUAUCUUAGCUAUUUUGGUGUCAUGGUUGCUUUGCUUCAUCUUCACUGUGACAGACGUCUUUCCCCCUGACAGUUCAAAGUACGGCUUCUACGCUCGCACAGACGCCCGACGAGGAGUGCUGUUGGUAGCUCCGUGGUUCAAGGUUCCCUAUCCUUUUCAGUGGGGACUGCCAACAAUUUCAGCCGCUGGAGUUAUAGGAAUGCUUAGCGCAGUUGUUGCAAGCAUUAUUGAGUCCAUAGGGGAUUACUAUGCCUGCGCCAGGUUGUCUUGCGCUCCUCCUCCACCUAUUCAUGCAAUAAACAGAGGGAUUUUUAUUGAGGGUCUCUCCUGUGUUCUGGAUGGAGUGUUUGGGACAGGGAAUGGGUCCACUUCUUCCAGCCCCAACAUUGGUGUCUUGGGCAUCACAAAGGUUGGAAGCCGCAGGGUUAUUCAGUAUGGGGCGGCCUUCAUGCUCUUGCUUGGGAUGGUCGGCAAGUUCAGCGCUCUCUUUGCAUCGCUGCCGGACCCGGUGCUUGGUGCCCUCUUCUGCACGCUCUUUGGGAUGAUUACAGCCGUGGGUCUGUCUAACCUCCAGUUCAUUGAUUUAAAUUCUUCCCGUAACCUGUUUGUACUUGGAUUUUCCAUUUUCUUUGGACUCGUCCUUCCAAGCUAUCUCAAACAAAAUCCACUGGUCACUGGAAUAGCGGGCAUCGAUCAAGUGCUGAACGUUCUUCUCACCACAGCCAUGUUUGUCGGGGGCUGCGUUGCGUUCAUUUUGGAUAAUACCAUUCCAGGAAGCCCUGAAGAAAGGGGAAUACGGAAAUGGAAAAAAGGGGUUGGUAAAGGAAGCAAGUCGCUGGAUGGCAUGGAAACAUACGAUUUGCCUUUUGGCAUGAACUUCAUUAAAAAAUACAGAUGUUUCAGCUUCCUGCCCAUCAGCCCAACCUUCCUGGGUUACACAUGGAAAGGCUUCAGGAAAAGCAGUAGCUGCAGGAGUUCAGACGAAGACUCAGAAGCUACAGUAUAGCCUUAGUUGAAAUUAUAUUAUCUAGUUGUAGUAAAAGAUGUAUUUGCAGUUUCUUGCUGAUUAAGAAGCAUUAAAAUCUAUGUUUUGUAUAUUCUGCAUUGAAAUUCUGGAACCAGAGCUGAGACGGAUUGAAAAAAAGAAAAAAGCUUUCCUGCUGUGGGUGGUGGUCCCAGAUGUGGUGUCUCUGCCCAGCAUGCAAAUGCUCCGACUCCCAAAAGCUAGGGAUACCUGCGCAUCCAAGUCUGGCUGCUCUAAGUGGGGCUCCAGUUCCGGCAGUCUGUAGGUGCUACUGAAAAAACAUUGCUGGUGGGGUGAUUUUUUGAAGGCUCUGAGGCUAACGGUCUGGGUGCAUUCAGUGCUGGCGACAUUCCUUACUCCAGGGGAUUGGAAUUGGGGGUGAGUGGGUGGUGGGACUUUAGUUCUGGCCAUGUCAGAUCCCGUAGGUAUUGUUUGCUACUCACCGAUUUGCACAUUCCGUAUUUUUCAGCCCCCUGGAAACCAGAUUCGGUUGAUCCUGGCAAAUCAGGAGAGUAGCUUUGUAUUUCCAGUGCUGUCAGACAUCUGGUGGUCACACACACAGCUUCUCUAGCAGCUUUGUCCAUGAGAGCUGUGACUGACUUCUGACAGCUUAGUGCCGUAGAAGGAAUCCCGUAUUUCAUGUCAGUUCGCAUUUUUAAACGUUUGCUUUUUCUGCCCCAACUUCUAGUGCCCAGGGCAGGUUUUCUUUGAAGGGAUACUGAGUUUUACAGAGAUUAUAAACUUUGAACUUCCAGAUGAGACCCAUAACAGUUUUUACAGUGCAGUUCCUGUAGCCAGCAAGACUCCAGACAGAAAAGCCAAUUUGUUGAGCAGUUCUAAGCAGUCGAUGUCUGUACAUGUGCAGUUUUGCCUGCAGGGAGAGCCACGGGCCAGCUGGUUUGGAUCUGUGGAGGGUUUUCUUGAUGGGAUAUUGAGAGCCGAUGCUGCCUAGGAGUGGCUUACGUUGCAUUGCCUCUGUCUUCUCUCUUGGUGGGGCUUCUGCCAAAGCCCAUUGCUGCUGUGGAGGUGAUGGUGAGCGGCAGAGACACUACAUCUGAUGUCCUCACCCACUGGAUGGUUUCACGGGUAUUGGGUCCGAUCAGGGCACCAUUCAGAUAUUUUUUUUUUUUCCCUGGAAUAGUCUCAGCUCUGAUGUUACGUGGGUGUUCAUGCUCAUCAUGCAUUCAUAAUUAAAAUUUUUAUUCAUGUUUAAUGUUCUUACUAUUGCAAGUUAGUUUUAGACUUCAGUGUGGCCCCAAAAGCAUUUUUAAGCUGUGGAGAUCAUCAGGGAAAUGUAGUGUAAUGUAAUUUCAAGGCCAGUAUGCUCUACGGUGCUUGCGUUUUGUAUUCCUGGAAAAAAGUGGUAACAGUAGAUCCUGUAAUUCACUCAUAUUUAUCAAAGUUUAACUACUGGACAGAAGCGCAGGAACACUGUUUUCUCUGAGUCUACUUCCAGGUGAAUUUGUUAUUGAAGCAUGGAAGGGUUGGGGUGGGAGGGCAAGGAAAGAGCUUCAUGGAUCAGUACUGAAUAGUGUAGAGUCAGAACGAUUCCAUUGAUAUCGUUCUCCGCAUGCCAUGGCUGUUUCCAGAAACGUAUUUUAUACCGCUUUUUCCAUAACAAAGCAUGUGUUUGUUCCUGCUUCAGGGAACUUUCAGUAGUUUGCAGUCUUGGUGUCAAUUGGACUGUCUCGAAAGCUGGUCGGAAGAGUUAUUGUGUAGUAGACGAGGUUAGUUUGCCUGUGAAACAGUCAUUAUUCUCGCUUUUAAAUUUUUCCUCUUCAGGUAGGGAGGUGUUAGAUUUCCACAUCCACUUGCAGAUAGUUUGAGUGCAGAGACCUCUAGUCAGCGGCACAAAGCUUCCAAAUUUCCCAACUUUAUGUGCAACCAAAGAUGUGUGGGAGACAUGGGGGAGCUAGAAGUAUGUGUGUGUUGUGUGUUUGUCUGUAAAAGGAGAAAAAGCCACCUAUGGAUGGUGGUUGUGAUGAUGUAAAAUGCCAAAGGUGGUUACCCUGUACGUAUGGAGAAGGGGAGGCAGAAGUGUGUUAGUUCAAACAUUGCCACCUCAAAAGUAUGGAAGGGUUCAAAGUCCAGUGAUGCCGCUGGACACAGAGCGCUGCUGUGGCCCCUGUGUCCGAGGUUGUUCUACCUUUCCCCCAAACAGUCUCUUGAUAACUCCAAUGCUUACGCAGUCAAGAGAAGGCAACGAGAAGCAGCAUUGGUCUUCUCUCACCUUUGGCUGAGGCAGAGCUCUGUGUGUUCUCCAUCACCUUCCUCUGAGCACUGCUGGGACCAGGUGUGGCGCUUCGGUCAGACACCAACAUCCAGGGUUAAUUUUUCCUUCUUCCGGGAGCAGAACACUGCCCCUUUCUUGCAGCGCAGAAGACACUGUCCAACUAGGUGAAGUCCAAUAACUGUUGGAUUUAAUUCUUUUUGUGACUCUGGGUCCUACCAUGCAAUUCUGUUGACGGGCUGAGAGAAGUACGGUAGCUUUGAGCCGGCGCCUUUGCUUUUCUAGCCUUUUUUCUACCUUGGGAACACUAAAAUAAGUGGAUGUCGUUAGCAGCUGUUGUUGUACCCAAAUGUGUGUGUAACAACUCUCUCCAUCUCACUGUGAGCUUGGAAGGGUAACGAUGAGCCUCAGUUUCGUGAAGGUGAUCAGCUGAAGCACCUGCAACGCGGAGCGAGAGGUGACUGUGGAGCCAUUGGCAGCACCUUGAACGCAGGGCGUGCAGCUGCUGCACGUUGGAUAUUGCGAUUGCAGAGGGAUAUUGCGAUUAAAGCAUGGGAUAUUGUGAUUAAAGCAUGUGAUAUUGUGAUUAAAGCAUGCAUCUCCAGCACUGAGAGGUGCACAAGGGAUGGAGCUGAUGGUGUCUGGGAAAGAGAAGCUCCCCUUUCUCUUUCUGAUGCACCCGAAGCCAUCGCUGAGCUGCCAGUGGAAGGAGGUGCAUUGCUUUUUCUUGAGAGGGAAUAACUCUGAAUUACCCCUGGUUUUGUGUAGGUGCAGCAGGUGACCGUGAACCUUAAAUCCUUCUCCUGCGUCCACUUUUCUGCGCUGGCUUUUUGGGGGCUGUUGUAGAACGCCCUGGACAGGCAGCCUGAGGUCUGUGUUUUGAAAAGCCUUUAAAUACUUCGUGUUUGCUGGUUGUGUCCAAGCUUUGAUGCGUAGGGACAGCUGGAUAUAGAAAUCUGACUGUAAAUGCAAUACUGUAUUUCUCCCGUACGUGUUACUGCCUGCCUUUCAAACAGCUGGACUGAACAAAACCGCACAGGGACGACGACACCGGAGGGAGGAGCGAAGAGGCGAUGAGAUGUUUCAACCAAACCUUCAGAUGGAAGGGCAAAUAUUCAUGGUAGAGAUAUCAUUUUGUCAUAUCAAAGAUAGUAUCGCUGUGUGCAAAACAAAAUAACUCGAGACUUUUGUAAUUGAUAUUCUAUUGUAUUUUUUUUUAGGUUGAAUUAAGAAUUCUUGGUAACAAGUUGAAACAUGUUUUCUAAAGCAAAUACUUGGAAAUUAUACCUAUAGAAAUUUAGGUUUCGUAGCUAACAGCUAUGACUGAGCAAUGUCUUAUUAAUAAGAGUACGUUGGUAGAGGAACUAAAUCAGGCACCUUGCCCAGAAAGUUCAAACUUUAAACCCAGAAUUUGUUUUAUGCCUUUUAAUACUGACUUUAAAUAUGGCAACUUGGUUUGUACAUGAAUAUUGCAGUAUUUUAUUUCCAUAUAUUAAAAAUAACAUUUCCACUCAGGAUAAUGACGGCCGUUUUCCUGGGAGGGAGUGGUAUGAUUGUCAUGACAAUGUCAUGUGAUGGUAGAGUUUCUUCAUUGACGAAUCUAUAGUAGUUGUGUAUACUUUAUUUACCCAUGUUUAUGUUCCUACCAAAAACUAAAGGGGUUCUUUAUUGUUCAUCUCCCUACUGAGAUCUUGGUUCUCCCGAUGCAGAAUUGGCGCUUGCCAGCCGAAAUCCUCGGUGCAGCUCAACCUGCAGGGCUUCUCUUAUGUGGCCUUCUUAAACCAAAAGCGACUUUUUUUUAGGGAGGAGGAGUGGUGCGUCACUGUUUUUUUGCAGAACCUGCCUCACUCGGUGCAUGUUCCGUAGUAUUUCUUAGCCUGGUGGCCAUGGGACGGCAGGAACGCUCUGCAGUCGUGGCCGGGUGGGAGGCCACGGUUUGCCGAUGUUCGCUUCUGCCCGUGGCUUGGCACAGCUUCGUGGUGGGAUCCGUGUUCAGAGCCAUCAGAUAUUCCUAUCUAGUUCCGAUUUGACUGUGACUGUGCAUCGUCAUCCGUACGUGUUGGUAGGAGAGGUAUCCUUAGCAUUGCCUUGUGUGCUAUCUGGCCUUUACUCCAUCGUUCCAGGUAAAUCAUCUUGCUGCCAGUCCAAAUUAUCGUAUUUUAUCUGUUUAUAACAACCUUUGGCGUAACAAACUAUUGACUGUUCUUAGGCAGUGGGGAUCCGUUUCUUUAUUUCAUAACUUUUUGUGACUGACUUUGGCUGUAAAACUUCUGUUGAACAGCAAGAGGUUCUUUGUUUUGUUUUCUUUUUUUUUGUUCCGAGAUGUGUAAUUCUUUUAUGGAGUUUUUUUAAUUUCAUAUUUUUUUUUUCUAACAUUGCUUCAUUAAACAAUUAAAUAUUUAAAAAUGUAAUAUUUGGACCAGAUGUUGUGAAUAAUAGUAGAUAAAGCUAUUUUAUUCUGUAUUUUUAAAGCUGUUCAGUAUAAAUAAACGCGGGCAUAGAUGCA